ACAACUGCAGUAUCGAGUUGGCAGUUUCAGAGUCCAGAAGCAAUGACUACAAUAUGCGAAAUCAAGUUUGAUGAAAAUCCUCACGGAGUGUAUUUCCCGGGUCAAACCCUGUCCGGAAGCGUGGAGCUGCGUUUUGGAGAGGUGAUGAAGGUGAAAGGAGUUGCUCUACAAAUCAAGGGUAUAGCCGAAGUUAAGUGGUCCGAGACCGAAGGCGCUGGUAAUAACCGCCGUACCGUUCACUACCGUGGCCGGCAGGACUACAUGCAAACCACUACGUACUUGGCCGGAUCCAAAGACGAAAGCAACAUCGACAUACUGCCAGGAAUUCAUACGUAUCGGUUUUCAUGUGCCCUACCACCCAACCUGGUAACGUCACUGGAAGCUGAAUACGGACACAUCCGAUACACGGUCAAGGUCAUUCUAGAACGCUCAUGGAAGACCGAUCAUUCCUACAAAGUUGCGUUCACUGUGCUACGUCAUGUCAAUCUGAACGAAGAGAACUUCGACGUACGUCUACCGACCAAAAUGGAAAAGGCCAAAACCUUCUGCUGCGGACCCUGCAGCUCCGAUCCGAUGCUCAUUAUAGCGGAGACUCCCAUUUCCGGAUACGUCCCGGGGCAAACGAUAGCAGUUAAAAUCGAAGUUGACAACCAAAGCAACAAGAAACUAGACGAACUUUCAACAAAACUCCUACGAGUUGUGUCUUUCAUCAGUCAAACUCCGUACACCCGUGUGAAAUCCCUAUCCACAAUCAUGGCCGAAGUUCGGUGCGCAGGAGUCGAUAAACGGAUCAAAGGCAGCUACGUACAGCAUCUCUACAUACCACCACUUCCGCCGACAAGCAAAACCUGCCAGGUCCUGACGGUCAACUACAUCGUCGAAGUGGAAGGUAAAAUCUCCGGUCCGGCCAUCAAUCCCAAAAUACACAUCCCGAUUACCUUGGGCACCAUCCCGUUGACGACGAUUGCUAUUCCCACCUUCGACAAUCUUGCAAGUAUGACCGCUCCGAUAGUGGUUCAACCGAUGAUGUCCGCUCCGGACGCGCAAACUCCAAGCUUCCCCGUUGACUUGCCUCCACCUAGUUACGAAGAAGUUGUCAAUGACAACAGGGCCAACAUCCAGGAUGAAGGGGAAACCAAUGAGAUUGGCUGGAGGGAGUACACACCGCGAUAUAUGGUUUAUCGAUUCAGCGAAGAAGUUCCCUCGGCACCAGCACAGCCAGCGCUGGAACAGACCUCGAAAUCCGAUUCGAAGCAACAUGGCAUGGAUAAAUGUUGAAGCAUUCUAUUUGUUGAAUACGGUGGACU